GUCUUGAGAUGUGCCAUCUCAACUAUUUAGGCAACCUGUGGGCUGUGCACAACUUGUACUAUCUCCCUAUAAAUCUUUGCCUCUGACUAUCUUUUAUUACAACACAAACAAUUUCUAAACUUGUAAACAUGCAGAAAUAUGCAGAUAUUCUGAAGCAAAUCAGUUGCCUCAUUUUUCUUCUUAGUGCUCUUGGAGAUCUGCAUGUGAGCCAUGGUCAAGCACUUGUUCCUGCAUUGUUCAUUUUUGGUGACUCUGUUGUUGAUGUUGGCAACAACAAUGAAAUCUACACUAUUAUAAAAUCAAACUUUCCACCUUAUGGAAGAGAUUUUAUCAGUCACAUGCCAACUGGGAGGUUCUGUAAUGGAAAGCUUGCUACUGAUUUCACUGCUGAGAACCUGGGAUUCACUACGUACCCACCCGCGUAUUUGAGCAAGCAAGCCAGAGGGAAGAACCUUUUACUUGGAGCUAACUUUGCCUCUGGUUCUUCUGGCUACUAUGAAGAUACAGCUAAAAUAUAUCAUACAAUUCCAUUGAGCAAACAGGUGUUGUACUACAAGGAUUACCAGACCAAACUGAUUAGCAUUGCAGGGAUUUCCAAUGCCUCAUCAAUAAUAUCCGGGUCGAUUCACCUACUUAGCUCUGGUGCCAGUGAUUUCGUACAGAACUACUAUGUCAAUCCAACUCUUUACAAGAACUACACACCUGAUCAGUUCUCAGACAUCCUUAUGCAAUACUAUGCUACUGUUGUUCAGCAACUAUACACUCUGGGGGCAAGGAAGAUUGGUGUCACAACACUGCCACCACUCGGAUGCCUUCCGGCAUCCAUCACACUUUUUGGGGAUGGUAGUAACCAGUGUUUACCCAAUAUGAAUGCCGUGGCAUUAUCAUUUAACAAUAAACUAAACGCGACAUCCCUAAGGCUGCAGAGCAAGCUGACUGGCCUUAAUCUAGUUGUAUUAGAUAUCUACCAGUCUCUGUAUGAUCUGGUCACUAAACCUGCUAACUUCGGGUUUUCCGAGGCAAGAAGGGCAUGCUGUGGAACAGGACUGCUGGAAACAUCGAUAUUAUGCAAUGCUAAAUCAGUAGGAACAUGUGCAAAUGCAUCACAAUAUGUGUUCUGGGAUGGAUUUCAUCCUUCUGAGGCUGCAAAUAAGAUUUUAGCCGACAACUUGCUUGCCAGUGGCAUUGCGCUUGUUGGUUAGCUGUAGUUUUUAAUGCGAUAUCUAUAUGUAUUCUGUCUGUGUUACUAAGAACCUUUGUUUGAUAAGUCUUUGCUGUGUGGUAGGAAAUUUGUGAUCUCUUUGUUGAAUAAUGAUGGUAAAUCAUGUUAUGUAGCUUUUGAGCAGUUUUGGCUUGUAAUUCUGUUAUUAGCAUAUGGUAAUGUAAGGUCAUUCUAUUA